CUCUUAUUUGAUAUCAGAGAGCCCAAUGGAGCCUUCUGAAGUACCCAGUCAGAUUAGCAAAGAUAAUUUUUUAGAAGUUCCUAAUUUAUCUGAUUCUGUUUGUGAAGAUGAAGACGUUGGAGAUAAUUUCAAGCCUGGCUUCUCUCCUCAACCCAGUAGACGAGGUUCUGAAUCUUCUGAAGACAUGUACCUGGACACCCCAACUUCAGGUACCAGAAGAGUUUCAUUUGCUGACAACUUUGGAUUCAAUCUUGUGUCCAUUAAAGAAUUUGAUUGCUGGGAAUUACCUAGUGUUUCAACCAAUUUUGACUUAAAGAAGGAUGUUUUCCAUACUGAAGAGUACGUACUAUCUCCACUCUUUGAUUUGCCUUCUUCAAAAGAAGAUCUCAUGCAACAACUUCAAGUACAGAAAGCAAUAUUAGAGUCAACUGAAUAUCUUCCUGGGUCUACAAGUAUGAAAGGCAUUAUUCGAGUUUUGAAUAUUUCUUUUGAGAAGUUAGUAUAUGUGAGAAUGUCCUUAGAUGACUGGCAGACACAUUAUGACAUUUUAGCAGAAUAUAUUCCUAAUUCAUGUGAUGGUGAAACUGAUCAGUUCUCCUUUAAGAUUUCAUUAGUUCCUCCUUAUCAAAAAGAUGGCAGUAAAGUUGAGUUUUGUAUACGUUAUGAAACUUCUGUUGGUACAUUUUGGUCAAAUAAUAAUGGCACAAAUUAUGCACUGGUUUGUCAAAAGAAAGAACAAGAGCCAGAGCCUGUGAAGCCACGGGAAGAAGUUUCUAAUAGACAAAUAAAAGGCUGCUUAAAGGUAAAAUCAAGUAAAGAAGAAUCAUCAGUAACAUCAGAAGAGAAUAACUUUGAUAAUUCAAAGAUUACAGAUGCUUAUAUCCCAAGAAUCGUUUAUUCUCAUGAGGACAAGGAAGACUUGGAAACCAGUAAUCAGAAUGUAAAAGACGUAAACAGGGAACAUGAUGAACAUAAUGAAAAAGAAUUAGAGUUGAUGAUAAAUCAACGCUUACUAAGAACUGGAAGUGCCACUUCAAGAGACGAAAAGAACACAUUUUCAACAGAUCCAGUUGAUUUCCCAAAUAAAGCUGAGGGGUUAGAGAAGAAGCAAAUUCAUGGUGAAAUAUGCACUGACUUGUUCAAAAGAUCUUUGUCUCCAAGUUCAUCAGCAGAAAGUUCCUUAAAGGGAGAUUUUUACCACAAUAAAAAAUAUUCCUUUGGAAAUGAGGAUAGUCAUCCAGCUUCAGAGGAAAUUGCUUCAGAUUUGGGAAAAAUCAAGUCAUCACUGGGAGAAACCAGUAGUGAUGAAUUAGCGCAAUUACAUACUGGCAGCAAAGAAGUUCUAGAUGAUAAUGCCAAUCCAGCCCAUGUGAGUGGCAGAGUACAAAUAUUCUGUCCCUCCUCAGAUCGACUAUUGGCAGAAAACCUUAAUAAGAAUCAUGAAGGAGGAGUUAAGAAAAUUGAAAUAACAGAUUGGGAAUGUUCAAGAAGAGAUUUCCAUUCAGAUACAUCCACAUAUCUGGAAGAAUCAACAGAAAAUGUAACUUCCAAAGAAGGUUAUAGCAACAGUAUGGAUGAGAAGAAACAAAGAAUACACUUAGGUGUUCAUGAAAAACAAAGCAAAAAAUUUCAGUCAAUCUUACAUGACCAAGAAGGAAAGAUGGGCCACCCUGAAAUAAGUGUAGAAGGGUUGGAAAUUAGGAACAGAGACCUGGUUCCUGUGCUAGGCAAAGAUACUACAGUUCUGGCCCAGACAAUCACAGCAGACACUUUUCCCUCACCAAGGAAAAAUCCAAAUUGUGAAGACGCUGUAUUCACAAGUCCAGAAAGAGAUGAAGGCACUCCUUUAGAAGGGAUAGCCAGUCAAGCUUGCUCACCAAGAAAUGGAAAUGGUUUAAGGGAUGAUUAUCGUUUCCAAAUUGAAGAAGAAAAAUCAGGUUGGAUUAAUCCUGAAGAUCAGAAUAAGAAUAAACAGCCUAAACAAUAUUGGAAUGUUCUGGAAAGUCAGGAAAAAGCAAGAGAGAGUGAGACAAAUAUAGCUGAGCAGAUCAAAGAACAAGCAGAUUGUGAAGACAUGUGCAGAAAAAGAGAUAACAUUAGGAAUUUGAAAGCUACUCCUAGGGAAGAAUUGUUUACCUGCCAAGAAACAGAGCGUUACGAACUGUCUUCUCUAGCUGAUCAUGGUAUUACUGAGAAAGCAGAAGCAGGAACAGCUUAUAUAAUUAAGACAACAUCAGAAAGUACUCCAGAAAGCAUGUCUGCUAGAGAGAAAGCAAUAAUUGCUAAGCUACCUCAAGAGACAGCACGAAGUGACAGGCCCAUCGAGGUAAAAGAAACAGCGUUUGAUCCACAUGAAGGGAGAGAUGAUGAUUCACACUAUACCCUUUGUCAACGAGAUACAGCAGGUGUAAUCGAUGACAACGACUUUGAAAAGGAGUCACGUUUAGAUAUUUGUAACGUACAUGUAGAUGAAAUGGAGAAGGAGGAAACCACAUCUAUGUACAAUCCCGGGAAGGCACACGACAGGGAGAAAUGUGGCACUGGAAAUAACACAUCGGUUGAAGAAUCUUCACAGGCCAUUACAGGCAAUCAAAAAGAAAUGUCAAAACUGAAUUUACAGUUCGGAACGUUGUCAACAGACAAAAAAAAAAUCCCAGAAAAUAGAGAUCUUGGACAGGUCCAAGGAUUAUCAAAGAAAACAAAUUUAGAUGCUCUGGUUUAUUCUGCUUUUAACUCAGACACUAGCAGAGCUUCUCAGAAUGUUUCUAGCCACCAGACUAAAGUAUCAGUGCCAUCUUGUGAACAGGCAAUUGCUGUAGAGAGUACAACUGCGACCAUGACUCCCCAUUCUAUUCCUACCAAAUCUGAAUAUAAUUGUAAUCCAACCAGUGAAACCCAGGAUCACACUGUGUCUAAACCCAAAGAAUUUUCCAAAAGUUCAGAAAUAAUGAUAUCAGAUGGUAGAAAAGAAAGAUGUAUAGGCCAGAAUUUUCAACCAGGAGAAUGCAGGAUGGGAAAAUCUCUGGGGCCAAUGAUUUUAAUCAGUGAGCCUCUGGAGAACACAGAAGAGGAAAGGCAUGAAAAUGAAGGAUUAAUAAACUCUGGACAGUCGCGAUGCUCUUCUAGUAACAAAGAAUCUGAUAGCUCUGCUUCUGCUAGUCUCUCUGUCCAGGAAAGUCAAGCUCAAAGCAAUGAGUCUCUACUCUCAAAAUACACCAGCUCUAAAAUAUCUUAUUUCCUUUUGUUUCUGAUAUUUCUUGUAACCAUCUAUCAGUAUGACUUAAUGAUAGGCUUGGCAUUCUACCUUUUAUCAUUGUACUGGCUGUACUGGGAAGAGGGGAGACAAAAAGAGUCUGUCAAAAAGAAGUAA